CCUUUCCUUCAAUUUACUCAAACAUAAGGACCAUUUUGGCAAUUUACGGAGGAAUCCACACUUGUUAGAUGUUAGAAUGUGACAAGAGAAUUGAAAAAGACUGACGAAUCCAGAAUUUUGUCUACUUCUCAGCAAAAACAAUACCCACUGGUUCAAAUCUUGCACCGUUUUCAGCAGCUAACUCCGGCAUGGCCGCCGCCGAGUGCCGCCCACCGGAUCCCGGAGCCGACGACGACAACUCGAUUCAUGUCUCACUCAUUGACGCUAUUCAACACUUCACUGAUCUAGACGUUUCCUUAAAUAAGCUCGAACGCUUUCUGCGAGUUUUGGGUUUCUGUCAGUAUUCCAUUUUCAGCGCUGCACUAUCCUGGCUGGCUUUUGUUGUCUUCUCCAUUGUUGUGCCUCUUCUCGUAGUUUACUUUGGUUACUGUUCUAACUGUGAGCUGUAUCAGAUUAAUGACUUUGAGCUUGAAGUUCUUGUAUGCCAAUCUGUUGCCGCUUUCAUAUCGCUGUUGUGCAUCUCGCACAAUCUCCGUAAAUAUCGCAUUAGGAAAUUGCUUUUCGUGGAUCGUUACCAUGGUCAACUGACUCAUUUCAGUGAGCUCUAUCUAAAGAAGAUACGGGUCUUUUAUUAUUUGGUGGUUUCGUGGAUGGCAAUUUUCUUUUUGAUGAAGAUAGCUCGUGAAGUCACUAGAGCUGUGCAUAUUUAUGAUGGUUCUAUAUGGUGGUCAAUUGGAAUUGUGGUUGCUUCACUUGUAUCAUGGGCAUAUUCUACCAUUAUCUUUAUAGUGGGAACUGCUCUGUUUCAUCUGGUGGGCAAUUUGCAAGUUAUACACUUGGAACAUUUUGGCGAGCUUUUGGAAAUGGAUAUGGAUGUCUCAGUUUACAUCAAUGAACAUAUGCGUCUGACUUGUUAUGUGUGUAAAAUUAGCCACAGGUUUAGGAUGUUCCUCCUCCUGGAGUACUUAAUAGUCACAGUCAGUCAAUGUAUAGUUCUAUUGCAGACAACAUCAAAUCAAGGAAUUGUCAACUUCGUAAAUGCUGGUGAUUUUGUGGUAAUAUCAAUUGUUCAACUGGUUGGACUACUUAUAUGCCUGAAUGCAGCUGCAAAGAUAUCGCACAGAGCACAAGGCCUGGGAUCAGUAGCCAGUAGAUGGCAUGCACUAGUUACUUGUAAUAGCAACGAUGCUUCUGUUUCCGAAUCUUCAUCUGAUGGUAGAAAUGUUGAAACACCAAAAACAGCGGGGCAGUUAUCUUUAAAUUAUUCAGAAGGUGAUUUGGAGUCCGCUGAUUGUAUGCCUCCACCUGCAAAUAUACAACUCACUUCUACUAUGACGUCAUAUCACAAGAGACAAGCAUUUGUGACUUAUGUGGAGUCUAACCCUGGUGGUUUUAGCAUUUAUGGAUGGAGGGUUGAUCGAUUACUCAUUAACACGCUUUUCUUCGUUGAGAUGACAUUGGUUACUUUUCUACUUGGGAUGACUCUAACAAUAAAAGUUUAGGUGACAUAUACCAGACUGUAACAACAACAGCUAAAUGACACAUACAAGCAACUCCAAAUGGUACUUCAUAUGCAUUGCAGCUCUCCUUUGGUUUCUCUUCACGGAAUAGCUAGAGCCAGUAACCUUUAUUUCUUCCUAAUGAAAAUUAGUUACUCCCCUGAUUCCCAUACAUUUUGGAUAUCACUUUUCAUCAUGGUCCAAAAACAUGGAGUUAUUUUUUUUUU